CAGUGUGAAGAAAGUGUGGUCAGCCUUCAGUGUGGUCGUGUUCAGUCGGAAAGUUUUGAUGAGAUUGUCGUAUGCACUUAUACAGGGUGGAUAUUCGCACUAACCACUGAACCGAUCGCUAAACCGCGCAAAGAUGCUCUCACAACAUUUGCACCACACGUGGAGGUUAAAGUUCAACAGUUGAGAAGUGAAUUAGAAGAAUUGGAACACAAAGUGAAUGAAGAAAGACAACGUUAUCAUCAGCUGACACUCCAAGAAGGGACCAAGAUAGCAGGUGUACCUCGUUUCGCGAUUCAAGAUCAAUUCACUCUCGAUAAAUCGUUGGCUUGCUACACACUGUCAAUUGAACUGAUCAUUCCAAUAGAUUAUAUCCUACUCCAGAGUGAUGUUGGUGUUGAACUUAUUGAUGUCUCGAAAAAUUCUGCUGUGGUUUCAACAACGAUACCCGAAGAGGGGUCGGGUAAUGCUCUGUUGGCCACAUAUCGAUGUCAAGCGAAUACAACGCGAACCGAAAUGCGCAUUCGAUCGAUUGAAGGACAAUACGGCACUUUACAAGCGUAUAUCUGUCCCAAAAUUCACCCAAAGAUGUGCCAAGUCCGAUCCUAUAGCAUAAAACCGCUUUCGCUACACCAGCGAAUACAUGAAUUCGAUGCUUCGCGUCCUUUGAAUACACUUCGAAUCAGCGGUAGUUUUACACUGUCAGAGGCACAUCAAUGGCUCAAUUUAUUGGUCUCUCAGGUGCCUGAAAGAGUACCUCCGCACGAGACAGUCACUUUCAAUUUUGCAUCAACUUUCGAUGGAGGAACACAACUUCAAGCCACUUACACUCGAGGUUCAGCGAUAUAUCGAAGUGAUAAUAUUUCCACAAUUGCAAUCAUUCGUGAUGUUCUCAGUAAAGAGGUAACUCGACGACAGAUCAAAGUCGAUAUUCAGUGUGAAAUGAAUGAAGAGAGUAUAAUGCAUACGUUGCAAUUGCUUCAUCCGAAAAUGGAAUAUCAAAAUAAUCUACUGAGACGACUCGAACUCGCGCAAGCACUGAAGGAACUGGCUGAUAACGGCGAUGAUUUGACGUAUUUAUCGGAUGAUAUGCGGGAACUACUUGAAUCAUACGAUAGACUGCAUGAUGAUGCAUCAACACAUGGCGUUCAUCUGGAUCGUCUCGUUGGCAUUAUAACUGAUCUAUAUAUCGAUAAGGAACGAAUGGCUGGCAGAAAUGGAAAGGCAAAGGUUGAGGAGCUUUUAAGCAUACUAUCAAAAUAUGAUGCUAGGACACUGCAUAAUUUCUUCAUGGGUAAAUCAGCCGUGCAACAGCAAUAA